CGUCGCACCACCGUUACACCUUUCGCCACCACCUGUCCUUCGCUGAGCUGCUGAAGCUCCUUUUCCUCAUCCAAUAGGACCUACACACCUUCAAGAGUCGCAGUCGAAAUGCUCUCUCUCCUCGUCUUCCCCGCCUUGAUGGCGGCGGCCAGCCUCCCCUUUUCCUCCGCAAUCCCUCAUCCUCUUCGUCCAUCUUCUGCCUCGCAGCAUCGCGAGCUCGCCACCAGGCAGGACUCCGGGACCGGAUACGCCCAGCCAGAGAGCUGGCUGACGGUGAUCCCCAACUCCAACCUCGGUGAACCGAUCAAUGUUGUCAUCUCGAGCCAAUCGGACCAGGCCGUAUUGUCGGACACUGGCCUGCAGAGCUAUUUCUCCUCGCUCUUCUUCUCGCCUAACAACUGCCUCGGUAUCAGUCUGGGUGAUCAGCAGGCUGCCAAUCUCAAUGAUGGGCAGGGCGUCGUUAAUCAGACGGCCUUGUAUCGAUACAACUUUGGCUCCGGCACGCUUACUUGCCAAGAGAGUAUCAACGGCGGCGAGCACUUUCGCUGGUGGAGGCAGUCCUCUACCGGCGCCAUCUUCAUUGCCGCCUCCGUGGAAAUGGGUGCAUCAAAGAAUCAUAUGAUUGUAGACAAUGGGUGAGUGUUCGGAGCGGUUGCCCUCCUAUUGCAUCAUACCGUCGCUCACUACCGGCCAUGCCGUAUUCUCCCUCCGCCAACUCUUCUGCCCCUUGCUCCCUCUCCUGCCUCCUUUAUGACGCCCCUAUCUCUGCUGAUCUGCUUCCUCGCGCAGCUAUAACUUGGGCCGCAACUACUUUGUAGGGAAUGCGACCAAUUCUUCCGGCACCACCUCC